UGGCGCGAGAUCCAAACGGUGGCGGCUGCGGCGGCGGUUCCGGUCGCUUUCUGAGGCGUCGCGAGCCGGGUCCGGUCUCUCGCUGUUCUCGUCUCCUCGGCAGCCAUGAGUCGGAGGGGCGCCGAGGAGGAGGCCUGCGGCGUGUGGCUGGACGCGGCGGCGCUGAAGAGGCGGAGAGUGCAGACACAUUUAAUCAAACCAGGCACCAAAAUGCUAACACUCUUUCCUGGAGAAAGAAAGGCUAAUCUUUCUUUUACUCAAAGAAGAACUCCACCUACAAGUGUUCAACAGAGAAGCAUAGCUUCCUUCUUCACCCUGCAGCCAGGAAAGACAAAUGGUGAUGACCAGAGGAGUGUUUCAUCUCAUAGAGAAAGUCAGAUCAACAAGGAGUCUAAGAAAGAUGCAGCCCAGCUAGACCAUUUGAUCCAAGGCUUAGAGGAUGGUCGCACGGCACCUCCUUUAGCCACUUCAACCCCUGCAGACAUCCAGGAAUCUGGACUUUCUCCUCAGUCCCUCCAGACUUCUGGCCACCACAGAAUGGGAACCCCAUUUUUGUCUGUAUUAUCUUUGCUCCAGCCUGAUAGCCUAGAUUGUGCUGGAGAGAGUAAUGCCUCACUGGCUUUUUCCUUCACCCAGGACUUAGAAAGUUCUUGUUUGCUGGACCAAAAGGAGGGAGAGAGGGAUUCUGCCAGGAAAAGGGAAUGGCCUCAUGGAUCUAAAAAUAAGUAUCAGAGCAUGGAGAAACACAUCAAACCACCUAGGGACAAAUGCUGUCAGCCCUUGGACAAGACUAAGUUGGAAAGGAAGGAGUCUGCCAAAGAAAAGCGACAGGCCCCUGUCCUUCAAACUUACAGGGAAUCCUGGAAUGGAAAAAACACAGAAUCAGUGAAACAAAACCCUUGUCCAGUGAAACAAAAACCUUCUGUGUUUUCCUGGGAUGGUGAAAAGGACAAGGACUCCUGGAGUCAGCUUUUCACUGAAGAUACUCAAGGCCAACGAGUCAUUGCCCACAGCCCUAGAACUCCUUUCCAAGAGGUAACCAAUAACUGGAAUCGGGGCUUAGGGCAGUUUCCUAACAGCCCUUGGCCUCAGUAUCAGCAUGGGCCGACACAGUUAAAUCUGCAGUCUGAUUCCCUCUUUACCCAGGACUCUGAAGGUAACCAAGUUAUCAGGCACCAAUUCUAAAUGUUUUAAUGAGUUGUUAAAAGUACCUUGAAAUGGGAGAUAUGAAGGGAAUUAUCUUAUAGUUGGGGAUGGGGGGGGUAGUAGAGAAAGUUUAUUUAGGUGGGAAAGAGGGAUGGGAUGAAGCUGUUAUUGAGCAUUUUGUCUGUGUAAAUAAAGCAGGUGGUGCCAUUGUCAAGACAGUGUGAUUGGCAUGAUGGCUUUUCCUUAAGAAGGUGACUAGUAAAUUCCCCAAAGGAGUCUGAUGAGCGCUGAGAAGGUAGGGUGGGUAUUUA